AUGAAUGGGGAACUGUUUGCUGGCAGGAUUCCAAACGAGAUAACAAUCCCUCAAAUGCUGGAAAAAUUCGGAAGAAAAGAAGUGGAGUUGCUGAAAAUUGAUAUUGAAGGAGGAGAGGUUAUUGCUCUGGAACCGCUCUUAAAGGACUAUUUUGUGUGUCACAUUUUCAUCGAAAUCCACGGAAUGCCAUCUGAUCAUUUGAGGAUGCUCCAAAUUAUUGCCAAAUACGGCUUCCGGAUAUUCAAUGUCGAUGAGAACUUAUUGUGCCCGAUGUGUUGUGAAUACAGUAUGAUUAAUGAGUUGUGUAUGGCACAGUUUGGAGUUGUUCCAUUGGCUAUUACCAUUCCACAACAAAUUGAUGUUAGAAGAAUGGAUCACUUGGAUGGAAGUUAA